GGUCACCAACAUUCCUGUUGUCAGCAGCAGCUGUUCGCACACACACUGACGGAGCUGACGGAGCUGACGGGACUUGGACCUCUGACAAACAACAAAACAAAAUGGGGAGCUCCUGAAAACUAUCUUUUCUAUUCCUCCAGAACUUUCCUCCUAUGACUGCGGGAGUUAAAGACUUGUUUCUGACCUGACAGGUGAUGUCUCCGCUCCAGCUGUCCGUCUACUGGCGCCUCUGCCUCAUCUUCACCUUCACCUCCUUCCUCUUCUUUCUCGACAUUUUCACGGCCGCCAUCGUCGCGGCAACUUGUCGCCAUGGUAACGGCACCGGCUGGCAUGGAGCGUUACCGCCGAACGCUGAGACGAACCAAUCACAGCCCGCGGAGACUUUAGAGAGCGAAGGCGAUUGGUGGACGGAGAGCGGGAACCCAGACUCAGUGUGUGGUUGGACAGACUGGUUGUCCUUUGGUCAGACUCUCUUCAUGGUCGGCCUGCUGCUGGGAUCUCUGGUGGGAGGAGCCAUAUCUGACCGGUACGGGAAGCGUCCGGUGCUGCUGGUGUGUGUGUGCGUGCACGCUGUGUGUGGCAUCGUGCCUGCUGUCCUUCCUCAGCCCAUCCUCUUCCUCUUUAUCCGCUGCCUGACGGGCGUCUGCUGCUGCUGCAUCAACAUCUGCUCCUUCAGUCUGGCUGUGGAGUGGACGCCUCCUGCUGCUCGCCUCUGGCCCCCGGCCUUCCUGCCCUUCUGCUUCAGUCUGGGGACGAUGGCUGGAGCGCCGCUGGCCUGGCUCAGCCCCACCUGGAGGCAGCUGCACCUGUCCCUGGCUCUUCCACAGCUCAUCUGUCUGCCGCUCUACAUUGCGAUCCCAGAGUCGCCUCGCUGGUUGUUGUUAAAGAGGCGGAGGGACGUUCUGGAGCGUUACCAGAGCAACAGCCCUGCAGAUAAACAAUGUCUGGACCUGUUGUUGGACUCCACCUGGUCUGACCUGCAGAAAGCCUCCGAGGACCCACCUGAAGGCCACGCCCUCAGUGACAUCAUCUACCUGAGACACCCGACUGUCCUGCUGCGUCUGUUCAUCAUGAGCUACCUCAGUGCGGUUACGGCUUUGACCUACUUCGGCAUCUGUAUGAACAUCGGCUCGUUCGGCGUCGGCGUCUACUCCGCCCAGUUCUUCUCAGGCCUGUCAGAAGCUCCAUGCCUGCUCGUCCCAUUGGUUAACCUGGGCCGUCGGCCAAUCAGCAUGCUCGCUCUGUUCCUCAGUGGAUCAGCGUGCUUCCUGUCGUUACUGCUGUCCAGAUACAACUAUGAGCCCGUGUUGGUGAUGAGUUUGGCUCUGCUGGGGAAACUUUGUAUCCUGGCUGCUAACUUCAUCUCUGUUCUGUACAGCAUCGAACUCUUCCCCACUGUGGUCAGACAGCGCUGUGUGUCCCUCGUCAACCUGUGCUUCCGGAUUGGUUGCCUGGUCAACUCACUGGUCCCGCCCACCCCAAACGGAGCGAUCUCAUUGGCUGCCAUGGUGGCGUACAGCAGUGGACCAAUCAUAGGAUGCUGGCUGUGCCUGCUUCUGCCAGAGACCAGCGGCAUCUCACUCCCUGACACCGUGGAGGACUGUGACAGGCAACCUAAGCCCCGCCUACCAAAUAUUGGCGCAGUGUGGAGGACACGGUGAGGGAACAUUUUUGUUUUUAUUCAAAACAACCGGCACGUUUUCUUUAUUGGUCGAAAAAGUAUUCAUCAGGUGUGAAACAGAUAAACUGUUUCCAGUCGGUGCCGCUAACGCUGCGUUUCAUUGGAUCUGCUGGUCUUCAGGAACGCCACCACGAAAACCUUCAGUAGCCCGAGUUCAAAUCCAACAUGGCUGCUGCGUGAAUCCGCAGUUUGUUUCACCAGUGUGCUCCGAUCCGUGCUCAUGCUCGCUACACUUCCUCGGCCCUCGCCCGCUUGGAGGCGGCGUGCUUCGGCACGGUACAGUUCACGCGGGUACACAAACAGUGAAAGGUGAAAUAAAACAACAGACGGGAUCACGUGCUGCUGAUUUAUGGUCACGAGCUGCUCAGAGGCGUGCGGGUGGUUAACCCGUGUGAUGUCACGUCUUGACGCCGCUCUGAAGGAUCGGCAUGACGACGAAGAAAUGAACCUAUUGUUCAUGAAAGAAGUCACAGAGCUCAGCAAGUGAUCCAGAAUCUCUACUCUGUCUACGAGAAGCCGUGAUGUCAUAACCACGACCACAGGGAGACUGACCACGAGCUACCUCAAACGAUAUCUAAACCUGUUUGUUACCACGGCAACAAGGACACAAGUCAACAGUGAGAGACCACCAGGAGCAGAAACCAUCGUUUCACACUCAGGUAGCUCGUGGUCAGUCUACCUGUGGUGGUGAUGACAUCAUGGAUAAUAAUCAAAUCAGUUACAGAGAGAGACAGAGAGAGAGAGAGAGACAGAGAGAGAGAGGGAGAGAGA